UCGAGUUGCCGACUGUGUGCGGUCAAAUGGCCCGCGGUGACGACCGCGGGUGAUACAUAGCGUGUCCUACCUUCGUCCUCUCCCAUCCUCCCCUUCUCUUCCAUCAUCCACGUCGUCCCUCGAUUGCGAGGAGGAACACGACCAUCUCGACUACCUUGAUCCCUCUUCUUCUCAUCCCUCGUCUCUCUCGCGAUCGCCAUGAGCUUUUCCACCGAACAAGUCGUUAGCGAGCGACUAAUGGUACCCGGGGGAGCUAUCUCUGCAAUCCGACAAGUGCAGUGUCCUCGACUGAGUCCAGAUCUUCUUCGAUUCGCGGCCUUCAUCAGUACAACGGCCAUCCACGUGGCGGCGGAGUUCCGAUUCACGCAGGCCAAGGCGGCACGUGUAUUGGCCAAGGUGUCGGCCUUCCUACGCCUGUCUCCACCUGGCGAGAACCUCGUGUCUGUCCUUAUCGUCUUCACAGGCGACAUCACGACACUGCAUCCGCGGAGGCAUACCGAGAUCUUCCGGCAGCUGCGGGGCUGGGCAACAGACAUCAUGACUACGUGGGUGCGAUUUCUGGCUUGGCCGCGCGAUCACAUCGUGACAACCAACGACGUCGAUCUCCAGCUUCGGGUCUCCUCCACCGCACCAGAGUUGGACGUGUCGAUUCUGGACGCGGCCAAGUCGGCACAAUGGUGGCACGCUUACGUGGCACUCAACUUCUACCUCCUCGAAGUCGUCUUCCAUUGGGUGGAGCCUGCUGACAAGAGCGAGGAGGACGAUGACGAGGUGGAGUUAUUGAUCAUCCAGGCCUCGAGAAUGGACACAGAGGGAGAGCUUCUGGGGAUCGUGCUCCGAGUCGGGGAAGUGCAUGACGGCCACCUGGAUUCGAUUACGGACGAGUUGCUGGUGUUUUUGGCCCAACUAAUGGACAAUCUGCCUUUGGAAAUCCUCUCGCGCUGCGGCGAGAGGCCGGGGAGGGCCACGCUCGCUCGUACCUUGGUCCCCCAUCUCCUGUGGUCUACGUGCACGAAGCUUGACGGGGAUAUCUGCUACUACCCCUCUGAGGGCGUGUACCUUGCCAUCGACGUCGUUGAUCUGUCCUUCUGGGACUCUCGCAUCCGACGAGUGAACGUAGGAGAAACCAGCGAGAAAGCCGGAGAGGAGGAAGAGGAAGACGAAGCAGCUAAGGAAGAGAUCCAGAAGGACGAUCAUCUUCAGUAUAUAGAACGAGAGGAAAUGCUAGAGGAGGAAGAAUCGGAAGCUGGGUCGGACGAUCCCGAUUAUCACGAAUUGGAGGACGCCGAGUCGGAAGAGGCCAGCUCGAGAUGGGAGGAGUCUGAGGAGGGAGAGGGCGGAUUGGGUGAAUUGAGUGGUCCUGCCGAGCUGAGCAGGGAGGAGAACGAGGCCGUGGCGCAGAGAAAACGGGCAGAAGCGGAAGGCAGGCGGCCAAUCGAGGAAUCAAAAGGGUCGCCGCCGCAACUGCUGCAGGGCGAUCCGACGCUUAGUCGAGAGCCGCCACAGGAGGAGAUCGAGAGAAAUGGAGGCGCCACUGCAGAGGGAUCGGGAAGCCGAUGCUGCCGAAGAAGUGAAUCGCUGGCUCAAUCCUCUCCACGGCCCAGCCUUCCCCUACGUCGAGAUGCGGGCGCUCCCGCCGUCCUCGUGACUUCCUCACCCUUCACCAGCUCCUAGGCCGACCCCCAUUCCCUAACGGAUGGCAACCCUUCCCG